GUCUGUGCUGACACCAAACAAGGAUGAUAGAGUAUAUAAACCAUGCAACUGCAAAGCUCGAAGGACAUGGAUAAAGUUUUUACAGUGAUGGAGAGCAAGAAACAGAGUGAAGGUGUGUUCUUUCAGAUGCCACUUCACUAUCCUAGGUACACUAAGGAGGACUACCAGAACAUGCCUGAGUGGAAGCUCGACAGGAUUCUGGCUGAAUAUGGGUUAUCUACCCAAGGUGACUUGGCAUGCAAAAGAGAGUUUGCAAUGGGUGCCUUUCUCUGGCCUGAUUUCAAUCAUCAUCAAAAGCCGCCUUCUUAUUCUGGCUGCAAGGGUUCUUCCCUUUAUCAGAAGAAAAUCAAGUAAUCAUACUCUAAGUUCAAGUGUUUCUAGCAUGCAUUUUGCAAAAUCCUGUACCUAACAGGUUGCUGGUUUGUUCCUGUUUAGGAGCUUGUAGUCUUCUCCUUUGGUUACUCAAGUUUAAACUUCGUUUCACAACACUUUUUUGAUGCUUUAUUUUUUAGUUUUUAUGUAUUUUUAUUAUUUUAAAAAUAUAUAAAAUAUUAAUUAAAAU